GUUUUAUCUAAGCUAUGAAAUUCACCUCCGGUCAUGGCGCUAAAGCAUUUACUGUGUGUGUUAACAGUGUGGUGGAAUUUUGGAUGUUUAACAGCAUUGCAACCACACUUGGCUUUUGGCCAGCAGUGCCUCACUGAUGAGUGGCAGUGUGAUGAUGGGGCUUGCAUUACCAAGUCUUGGAAAUGUGAUGGCCAGGGUGACUGUUUGGAUGGCUCUGAUGAGCUAGAUUGUGCAGGGUGUAAAGAUGGGGAAUUCCAUUGCAGAGAUGGUUUUGGGUGCGUGGAUAUUUCAGCAGUUUGUGAUGGCAAGCCACAGUGUGAUGACCGCUCGGAUGAAUUGAACUGUGUGGAAAGUCGAGGUUGCCUCAGCGGAGAAUGGGAGUGCGUGAACAAAAUCUGCAUACCUCAAAAACUGCGGUGCAAUGGUGUGAAUGACUGUAUUGAUAACUCAGACGAAAAUGGUUGUGAGACCUGUGGAGAGAUGGAUAUGAGGUGUUCCAGUGGACGGUGCGUCUCAGCAGACAAAGUUUGUGAUGGGGAAGCUCAGUGCUCAGACAGAAGGGAUGAGCCAGCUACUUGUGGGCAAACCUGUGCUGAUGCUAAUGGGGGCUGCAGUCACACAUGUACAGAUGGGCCACAAGGAGGAGCUCUGUGUUCAUGUCCAAGGGGCUGGAAGCUCUCAAGCAAUGGUACUAUAUGUGAAGAUAUUGAUGAAUGCUCUGAGUCAUAUGGGCCUUGCUCACAGUUUUGUGAGAAUGUGCCAGGGUCCUUCAUUUGCAGCUGUGCAAAAGGCUUCCAGCUUCACCAAGGAGUAGUCUGCAGAACUGAAGAGAGUGGCAUUUUGAUCCUGACUGUGAAAGAAAGAAGUCUGGGAUUCCUGAGCAUUCCAUCAGGGGAGUAUGAUGUUCUUGACAUUACAAAAGGUCUUCCUUUGGCAAUAGGAUUUGAUCUUGCAAGGAAAUCUUUUUACUGGGCAGAUGAUCAAGGUGACAUUUACAAAUCAGAAGAAAAAUCAAGCAGACUCCUCUACAAAGGUGUGGAUGGGAUUUGUAGCCUUGUAGUUGAUUGGCUUUCUGGUCAACUGUACUGGACAAACUGCAAAAAAAAGGCAAUUCAGCUGGGGGCUGGUGAUGGCAGUGAGUUUGCCACCAUCUUGGAGAAGAACAUCAAUCCUUUGGAGCUGGCGCUGAUGCCCACAGAAAGUGCAAUGUUCUGGAUAAACAAAGGGGAACAUGGUCAAAUGAGCAUCGAGGCAGCUGGAAUGGAUGGAUCACACAGAAGGGUGGUGACAAUCAUCACAGCUCAGAAUCCUAGGGGCCUGUUGAGUGAUUAUACUUCCCGCAGGCUUUAUUGGAUCAGUGACUAUAAAGAGUCUGUUGAGACAGUGAAGGUAGAUGGCACUGGGCGCUACUCUUUCUUGGGCUUCUUCAAAAGGGGAGAAAUGCUGGGGCUGGCUGUGUUUGAGGGCUGGUUUUACUGGACUGAUGGGAAGCAGUUAUGGCGACAGCCCCAAAGCAAUCCUAAGGAAAAGACUGCCCUCUUUAAGGCUUCUGUAUCAAUCCUGUCAGCCAUUCAUGAACUACAGCAGCCUAGAGAUUAUUCAUCCCCAUGUGCCAAGACCAACUGCAGCAUUUGCUUGCCAUCUCCUGACAAACCAGUUAAGCACUUGUGCAUAUGUCCUGAUGGAAUGUUCCUCUUGCCAUCUGGGAAAUGUGAAGAUUUAUACCUUGCAUAUGCAACACCAGUUGAUGUGCAUACUGUAAAAUUUGGAGAUAGAGUGAUAAAGAGGUCAAUUAUGACCUCUGAUGAAACGAUCACAUCCUUUGACGUUGAUUGGAAAAGGAACUUGCUCUUCUGGACCAAUGGAACAGGGCAAGUGAAGAGUACAGAUUUUGAAGAGGAUGUAACGGAAGACAUUGCUACAUUCAGCCCAGCUUGUAUUAUCAAAGUUGACCAGAGAUCUGGAAAUCUCUAUUGGCUGUCAUGUGAUGGGCUUAAUAUUGGAGUCACCUCGAUGCCCUAUACGGAUGUUAGCUCCACAAAGCAGCUGUAUCAUGCAACUGAAGUUCUCACAGAUCUGUAUGUGGAUUGGCCAAGGGAUAAUUUGUAUUGGCUGGAAAGGGGGCACGUGUACAAGAUGAAUCUAAUAGGUGGCAAUGUGAAAGAAAUACUGGAUGUCUCAGGAUACAAUCCAGACCAGAUAGUUCUGGACAUAAAAUCAAACAGCUUCAUCUGGAACAGCAACAACUCAGGCUUGCAAAUCAUGAGUGUCCUGAAGAAAAAGAUUUCCUCUCUGAAAGGAAAGUGGGUCCUGGAUGGAUCGGUUGUUGCUGCACAUGAGCCCUAUCUAGCAUCCUUGCUGGAUAAUAUCCUCACCCUAUGGGAUCGCAGACUGAUGAAGAAGCUCACAACAGUUGAGCUGGAGAGGGGUGUGUUCAGGGUCAUGCCUUUGGCCAAGGAUAUGGAACAAGUUUUUAAAAGUAACCAAAAGGAGCCAGCCAGCGCACCAGCUCGUGUCUGUCCCAGGACAUUUGUUCCCUGCAGUGAUGGAAGCAACUGUGUCCACUACGACCACCUCUGUGAUGGGGAGAAGGACUGUGCUGAUGGCUCUGAUGAAAACAAUUGUCCAAGAUGCGCUGAUCCAGAUCAUUUUAGUUGCCCCAAUAGUACAUGCAUUGAGAAGAAGUUGGUUUGUGAUGGCAUGAAUCAGUGUGAAGAUGGCUCAGAUGAGAAAAACUGCCCACCAAAAAGUAACGAUUGUGCCUUCCGCUGCGAUGGAGAUGCCAAAUGCUUUGUCCAUAAAGUUCAGUGUGAUGGCAAAAAGGACUGUGAUGAUGGAUCAGAUGAAGAACAGUGUUCUGUGAGUCCUCUUUUAAGACGACCUACUGGAACCCCUGUCCGCACGUGUCCCAGGUUGACAGUGGCAUGCUGGGAUCAGAGUGACUGUGUCCGCUAUGACCAUCUGUGUGACAAGGAGAAAGAUUGUGCUGAUGGGUCAGAUGAAGAGGACUGUCCACGAAAUUGUAUUGAGCCAGAUAACUUUCAGUGUAAUAAUGGCAUGUGCAUCGAAAGGAUUUUGAUAUGCAAUGGAGUGUUGGAUUGCACAGACGGCUCAGAUGAAGACCGAUGCCAAGAACUAGUGACAGAGUGCACCAACCCAUGUGACAGUGGGUCCUCAUGCUUCUCGCCCAGCUCUCGCUGUGAUGGAAAGAAAGAUUGUAGAGAUGGAACAGAUGAAAAUGACUGCCACAUGACUAAAACAUCUACUGCUGCUCCAACUACUAUACCAGUGGUUUCACCGUCAGCAGAUGGGACUACUACUACUACUACUACUACUACUACUACUACUACUACAACAACUACGUUUACUAUUACUACUGCUACAGAAGCUGCAAUUGCUCCAUCUGUGUCCUGCCCUAGUGCGUUUGUAGCAUGCCGAAAGGGUGUGAACUGCAUUCCCAUAGAACAGUUGUGCAAUGGGAAUAAGGACUGCCCAGAUGGUUCUGAUGAAGAAUCCUGUGACACGAAGUGUAAAGAACCAGGAUAUUACCAGUGUAAAGAUGGCCAAAAGUGCAUUGAAAAGGCAUUGGUUUGUGAUGGAGAACCUCACUGCUUGGACAGUUCUGACGAGUCCGGCUGUCCUGUUACGACACCCAACUGCAAACUGCGUUGUGACGGUGGCACAAAGUGCGUGUCUGAUAAACAGUACUGCGAUGGCAACGCAGACUGCAUCGAUGGAGCAGAUGAAGACUGCCGUUUCCAGGAUGCAAACGGGUCCGUCACAGAGACAAUGGCCCCCCUUGUGUGCAACCUGGGAUUUAAGCUGUGCAGAGAUGGGAAGGAGUGCAUUCUCUAUAGCCACUGGUGUGAUGGGGAGGCAGACUGCAAGGAUAGCUCUGAUGAAGACAGCUGUGCAGAUAAAUGCCCGACAGGUUUCUUUCAGUGUGCCCACGGGAAGAAAUGCAUUGAAGAGAAACUGGUGUGCGAUGGCACCUCAGAGUGCCAGGAUGGCUCAGAUGAAAGAAACUGCUGGAAGCCCACGGAAAGCUGUGCCUUCCGCUGCGAUAACAACUCCCGGUGUUUCCCUGAGAGCUUCCGCUGUGAUGGCGAAUAUGAUUGUGUGGACAAGAUGGAUGAGGCCAACUGUGCUGAACAGGAGUGCAGCAGCUCAGAGUUCCGAUGUGGCAGCGGGCAGUGUCUCUCUCUUAGCCUGCGCUGUGAUGGUGAUGCGGACUGCAGGGACCACUCAGAUGAGGAAGACUGCUCCAAGCCCCCCCACUGCCCCACCAAGAAGAGGUGUCCAGAGAGCCAUGAAUGCCUGCUGGAAGAGUGGAUCUGCGAUGGGGAUAAAGACUGUAAGGAUGGCACAGAUGAGAAGGACUGCAGGCCUUCAGAAGUAAAGUGCAGUGAGUUCCAGUGGUCAUGUGCAUCUAAAACUCAAUGUAUCCCCAAUUUCUGGAGGUGUGAUGGAGAAAAGGACUGUAAUGAUGACAGCGAUGAGGCUGGAUGUGGCUUGGUGAAGUGUCCGGACUACCAGUUUCAGUGCAGCAAUCUGGAGUGCUUGAACACCAGCCUAGUGUGCAAUGGGAUAUCUAACUGUCCGGAUGGGUCUGAUGAAGGUGGGGACUGCAACACCCAUCCCUGCUCCAGUUCUCGCAAAUGCUCCCAUGCCUGCUAUGUGACGCCCACAGGCCCAAAAUGUUCCUGUGAAGUGGGCUUUAAACUUGCAGCAGAUGGCGUUUCCUGUGAAGACCUAGAUGAAUGCAUGGAGAGUCCCGGUGUUUGUGACCACAAGUGUAUCAACAUGAGAGGGUCAUACAGCUGUCAGUGUCACUCAGGAUACUUGCUGGAACGUGAUGGACAUAGUUGCAAAAUCAUUGGAGAGCCGUUUUUGUUGGCAUCUGUUCAGUAUGAACUCCUUAUCUAUAGCUUACAUGGUUCCAGCAUGGAAGUCUUGUUUUCUACUGGUAAAAGGCUAGUAUUUUCUGUGGACUAUGACUGGCAGGAACAGUUGGUGUUUUGGGUCAGCCUUGAUGCGGAGAGUAUAAAAUGGAUAUCCAUGGACCAGAAAGACAAGGGAACUCUUGUGAAGGGUAUAAAGUCAGACUGUAUUGCAGUUGACUGGCUGGGUAGAAAUCUGUACUGGACAGAUGGUGUAGCUGGACAGAUCCUAGCUAUCAGUCUGAACACCACUUCAACCAACAUCCGAAACAACACUGUCGUGUUGAAUGAGGAUUUAGAGCAGCCGCACUCUCUUGUACUACAUCCACAGGAAGGGAUGAUGUACUGGACUGAGAUUGGUGAGCCACAGAUAGAAAAGGCAGGAAUGGAUGGCUCUGACAGGAAGGUCAUUAUCGCUAAGGGACUCAGCUGGCCCAUCAGCCUGACCCUUGACCUGCUGGAUUUAAGAAUUUUCUGGACUGAUGAGAAGCUGAAAUGCAUUGGCUCUGCUAAUAUGGAUGGAACAGAUAUUAAGCUACUUCAGUUGACUGAAUCGCCAAACCCAUUCUCUGUAGUGGUCUUUAACAACAUGAUUUACUGGUCAGACACUAAAAGAAGGACAAUUCAAAAAGCCAACAAAAUCACAGGCAAGAACAGGAGUGUUUUUCUGAAACGGCUUGGUCAACCUUUCGGAUUAAAGAUUAUACAUGAAUCUCUUCAGGUAACGUCUGCCAACCCCUGUAAAAGUCUGGAUUGUUCCCAUAUUUGUCUGCUGGGUCCAAGGCAGCGAGCAGUGUGUAGGUGUCCUGUUGGGUAUUUGCUUACUGAGGAUGGAGUCACCUGUGAUAUUCCAGGAGACACCACCUUCCUUUUCCUGCUUUCAGCUUCUACACUCUCACAGGUCUACUUGAAGAAUAUGCACACUUUAACGGACCUUAAUACAUGGCCAGAGCACAAAGCUCUUCCCAUAGCUGGUGUCAAUGAGGCGACAGCCAUGGACUAUGUGCUGAAAGACCAGACUGUGUAUCUGGCUGACGAUGAGGGUGGCUUUGUGGGCCGGUUUAAGCUAAAGGACUCUGAGCUGGUGUUCCGUAGGAAGGUGCUGGAGCUCCAGGGAGAGACGGUAAUGGCUCUAGCAGUUGACUGGCUCUCGCACAACCUUUACUGGAGUAGCAGCCAGCGUGCCCUCCUUUGUGUCACCUCGUCUAGCAACAACUACACUGCUAUUAUUUUUGAAGAUGGCGUGGAAGGAAUUGACUCCAUUGCAUUAUACCCCCCCUCUGGAGCCAUAUGUUUUGCAGACAUGGGGAAGGAAGGCAGGAGGAGCCAGGCCAAGAUAGAAUGUGCCUACAUGAAUGGGCAGAACAGGAGGGUUCUGUGGCAAAAAACAAUGAUGCCCACUUGUCUGACUUUCAGCACCUCUGGCACAGAGCUCUUCUGGGCAGAUCCUGGUGCUGGAAUUAUUGGCUCCAUUGGCAUUGAUGGAUUCAAAUACAAAGCCUACAAAACAGGAGGUGGCAUCCUAACCUCUUUUGCACAAACUGACAACAUUUUCUUAUGGACAACAGUCAAUGAUACAGCAAAGCUUUGGUUCAGUGAUGGCCUGCAGCCCAGACAGCUCUGGUUUGACGUGAAGACAAACGUGGUUAGCCUGAAAGUAUACAGCAAGUUCAGCCAGAAAGGAACUAAUCUGUGUGCAGACCAGAAUGGUGGAUGCAGUCACAUCUGCCUGCCGUUUCCACAAGGGCGAACCUGCAAGUGUGCUCAGGGCUACCAUUCCAUUAACUCCACUGGCUGCGUCAAAGACCUCAACUGCCCGCCCCACACCAAGGCUUGCCGUGACGGGCGGAAAUGUCUCCACAGUUCCAAAUUCUGUGACAGGUGGAUGGACUGCCUAGAUAAUUCAGAUGAGGAGAGCUGUGUUUAUACGACAGUGAUCCCUGGUCAAAAGACUCCUGAAAGUUCUGCAAAAAAUUCUAAUUCAGGUGCCAAAGUGAUUAAGAAGCCCCCUCUACCACCCUCCUCUGGAGCAUCAGGGAUGCCACCUUCCACCACACAGGCCGUCAACAACAAAAUCCUGGUCCGGAAACUAGACGUGCAGACUUGCAGGGAUGAGCUGUGUCACAACCAGGGGAAGUGCGUGGUGGUCAAUGACCAACCCACCUGCGAGUGCCUGCUGGGGUUCACAGGACAGUUCUGCCAGGACAAAGUGAUCAAGUCCAUCCAAGUCCCGCUGACUUUGGGCAUGAUAGGUUUUCUGAUUGGAAUGGUCUUAAUCGUCGUGAUAUUUGUUCUGUUGAGGAAGAGGAGACAAGCAAAUAGGAGACCACAAACCUCUGCAACAGAAACAGCUCUGACCAAUCUUGAGAACAUUGCAGACACAACUUCUGUGCAUACCUUUACCAAUGAAUCUUAUGAUCCAGAGGAGGAAUUGGUUGGUCCCCGGGAAAAGUAGACAAGACUCUACCAGCAGGAGUGUAAACUGUUCUUCAAAAAUAAAGUAUGAAUUGCAUCAAA